CUCAGAAAGCGAGCCUCACAUUGUGCAGUGGAGACACUGAGAGAGGGGGAAAAGAGGAGUGGUCAGCUCGAGACUCCCACCACCACUCAGGACCAACUGCUCCUGUUCCUGGAUCUUCUGAUGCUCCCCACAGGGUGACAGUGCUGACUACAAUGCUGUCAGGCCGGUGGUGGCCUGGUACCUGGGGGAGCCUAGGGUUUGGAUCCCGAAACCCUUCUCGGGGAUCCCAGCUCUGUGCCCUCUACGCCUUCACUUACACGGGGGCAGAUGGCCAGCAGGUGUCUCUGGCUGAAGGGGACAGGUUCCUACUGCUUCGAAAGACCAACUCGGACUGGUGGUUGGCAAAGCGCCUGGGAGCACCCUCUACCUCUCGACCCAUCUUUGUCCCAGCUGCUUACAUGACGGAAGAAUCUGUCUCUUCUCAGAGCCCAAGUACCAUCACGUCCAGCCAACCCUGCUGGACUUCAGGGCCAACGUUGCUUCAUGGCUCCCUGGAGGAGUUGCAUCAGUCUCAGGCACUUCCAAGCAGAGCUCAGGUUAUAUCUGAGCAGCCUCCUCCCCUUCCACCCAAAAUGUGUAGAAGUGUCAGUGUUACCAAUCUGAGGCCCAGCCUCCUGGGCUUUCCCCUCCAGGAAGGACCAAGUGCAAAGGCGCUCUCCCAGGAAGACAUGCUGAUAGAGGCCAAGGCCGGCCUGGCAGGACCCCAGCCCCUCAUGUCAGAUCCCCCUGUGUAUUGUAACCUGGUGGACCUUCGCCGCUGUCCCCGGUCCCCUCCCCCGGGUCCUGCAUGCCCCCCACUGCAGAGGCUGGACUCCUGGGAGCAGCACCUUGAUCCCAACUCCGGACGCUGCUUCUACAUAAAUCCGCUGACUGGCUGCAAGUCCUGGAAGCCCCCGCGCCGCAGCCGCACCCGACAGACGAACCCUGAUGCCAUGGAGGAGACACAGAACCUGAACAGGGACAACGGUGUCCUGCUACCUCAGGCAAAGGGCUCAGGAUGGGACACAGGGACCCCACAACUUCCUGAGCCCCAGGGUUCACCCCGCCUAGGUAAGCGUGUCUCCCACCUUGACCCCGGCCAGCAGCCUCUAGCCUUGCAGCCCCCUCGACCUCUGCCUCAGCUUCUGGAUGACCCCCAUGAGGUGGAAAAGUCCGGCCAGCUCAACAUGACCAAGAUUGCCCAAGGGGGGCGCAAGCUCAGGAAGAACUGGGGCCCGUCUUGGGUGGUGUUAGCUGGUAACAGCCUGGUGUUCUACCGAGAGCCACCGCCCACGGCGCCGUCCUCAGGCUGGGGCCCGGCGGGGAGCCGGCCUGAAAGCAGCGUGGACCUGCGCGGAGCGGCCCUGGCGCACGGCCGCCACCUGUCCAGCCGCCGCAACGUCCUGCACAUCCGCACGGUCCCUGGCCACGAGUUCCUGCUGCAGUCGGACAACGAGACCGAGCUGCUAGCCUGGCACCGCGCGCUGCGGGCGGUCAUCGAGCGGCUGGAUCGCGAGAACCCCCUGGAGCUGCCUCUGUCAGGGGCGGGCCCGGCGAGGGCGGAGCCUGCAGCGUGUGGUCCGGCUCGGUCACCCGAGACGGUUCUCACAGUUAUUUUGAUUGCCUCCUACAGUCGGUGUCCGGAAGGCACGGAACAAAACCGCGUGCGAAACAAACUAAAGCGGCUUAUUGCUAAGAGACCGCCUUUGCAAAGUCUGCAGGAGCGGGGUCUGCUCCGAGACCAGGUGUUUGGCUGCCAGUUGGAAUCAUUGUGCCAGCGGGAAGGGGACACCGUGCCCAGCUUCGUGCGGCUCUGCAUUGCUGCUGUGGAUAAAAGAGGUCUAGAUGUGGAUGGCAUUUACCGGGUGAGCGGGAACUUGGCGGUGGUCCAGAAACUCCGCUUUCUCGUGGACAGAGAGCGGGCCAUCACCUCCGAUGGGAGGUAUGUGUUUCCAGAGCAGCCAGGACAAGAAGGCCGAUUAGAUUUGGAUAGUGCUGAGUGGGAUGACAUUCACGUGGUCACUGGAGCCCUGAAGCUUUUUCUCCGGGAGCUGCCUCAGCCUCUGGUGCCCCCACAGCUGCUGCCCCAUUUUCGUGCUGCCCUUGCACUCUCUGCGUCAGAACAGCGCCUCUCUCAAAUACAAGAAUUAAUAGACUCAAUGCCAAAGCCUAACCAUGACACUCUACGGUAUAUCCUGGAACAUUUAUGCAGGGUGAUAGCACACUCAGAUAAGAACCGCAUGACUCCCCACAACCUGGGAAUUGUCUUUGGACCAACCUUGUUCCGGCCGGAGCAGGAGACGUCCGAUCCAGCAGCCCAUGCCCUCUAUCCCGGGCAGCUAGUCCAGCUCAUGCUCACCAACUUCACCAGCCUCUUCCCCUGACUCAGGCCAGGAUGAAAACUUAUUUCCAAUGAUCUCUGUUGGGAACCCUUCGGUGGUAGAGUAUUGUUUUGAGGACAUCUCUUUAAAUCCUUUGUCUCUCAAA